AUGAACAAGGUGGGUGCUCAGAUCUGUCAAGGCAACAGCGCCUUCUUGAAAGAGCCAUUGAUAACGACGGGAAAAUCAAAACAGUCAUCUUACGACCUCAGUAUGUCGAUAUCCCACAGCUAUUCGGAGGAUUUCGUUUAUGCUGUGAUUACGAGUUGUAAGAACAUAACGAAUGUGGAGUAUAGUAUCUCGUUUGAGAAUCCUGGAUCCUAUCGUCGGCGACACUUCAGUUGCCAAGACAUUGGGCUGUUGGAAACUUACUUUUGGCUGGUUUGUCUGUUUGGUCUCGUUACAUACAAAAUUCUGGUUCCGUCGUACAAGAGACUAAAGUGGGAAGAAGCCACUACCGGAGCAUCAUCCAGAGCAAUCAUGACUGGGGGGUUAUCUGGUAGCACCGCCGGCGUUCAAGCCGGAAUACAACCCGGGUUACCGGGAAUACAAUCCGCACCGCAUCUUGCUCCUCAUCUUGGGACUCUAGGUCUAGGGUCUGCUAUGUUAAGCGGUGACCUGAUAUGGUCUCUGUUGAUUACUGUCAUGUCUGGUGUAUCAAUUAUCUGUCAAUUUGUCCACCUGUUCGUCUACAGUCAAGACGGGAUGGGCUUGAGGGCACUCUCCUACUUAGGCGAGCUGCUUGAGACCGGUGCGGGGUGUCUGUUGAUCGGUCAGUGUCUGCCUCCUCAGGUCGCCUCAUUAGCCGCAGCCUACUCCACACUGUUCUUCCUUUGGACUCAAAUCACCUACAAAAAUAAAUACGUCCAACGCCUUCGAACCGGCCAAGGAUUAGGCGACUUCGGACUCAGCGUAUAUAGCCCGCUCUUCGGCACACGACUUGGCGUCUUCACUGUCCUCAUCCGCGCUGGUCUCGGAGCCUCCUUGAUGCUUCAGAAACGGCACGAUCUGCUCCGCCUUGCGUACUUCCUCACGCCCAUCUUGCUCGUACUUUCACCAAUAAAAUGGAAACACUGCGAAGUCACCUUCAUGGCACUUUCACUAAUAACCUCACCAAUAUAUCAAUUGGUAACUCGAUCAGGACAGGUGACGAACCAGACCUCCAAGGACACAGUCUUCAUAGAGGAGUCCGCCCCCGUCCUCUAUGAGACCAUUUGA